AUGGUUUUUGGAUCUCCAGUGAAUUUUCAAGAGAUAAAUGAAGAAGCCCUUGUUACUGGGGGAAUCGUUAUGGUCUUUGCAUUAAUAUUUGGUACAAUAGCCAUAUUACAAACAUAUUGUGAACAUCAUCAUAUAUCUGUAAUGAGGGAAGCGUCUGUGCCAAUCCUUUUUGGACUAUUUUUUGGUUUAAUAACAAUUUUGGGAUAUUUUUCUUAAGGAAUAUAUUUUGAUUCGAGAAUAUUCUCUUUUGCUUUGUUGCCGAUUAUUGUUUUUAAAGAGGGCUAUUGCUUAAAUAAAUAGCAUUUUAUGAAAAACUACUUUUAUGUAUUGAUCUACGGUAUAUUCGGCACAAUUGUCCAAUUUCUCAUCUCAUUUGGUUUGACGUAAUCAUUAGUUAGUUCAAGUAUUUUUUGGUCUCCUCCAGAAGAUUAAAAGUAGGACGACUAUUCCUUCUUUGCUACGAUGUUCUUCUCAGCAUGUAUUACUUCAAAGGAUAGUGCUGUCAGCCUCAGUGUCCUUGAAUUCGAACAUGCUCCCAAACUCCACAGCAUUAUAUUCGGGGAAUAAAUCAUAAAUGAUGUGAUAGUAUUUGCGCUGUCCUCCACGACCCAAAGAUAUAAUAAUGAAAAUGUUCGCUUUGAAAGAGAUAAUUGGUAUAAUUUUUUGAUUUUCAUUGCAUUGACAUUGGCUUAAUUGCUUGUUGGAUUAAUUGUUGGUUUGCUGACUGGUAAUUCAACUAUAUUGAUUUUUAGAUGUAUAUCCGAGCACUCCUCUGUUUUAACAAUAUUUACUAUAUAUUGCGCAUAUUUUGCUUUUAGUUUUUGUGAAGCAUUUGAUUUUUGUGGAGUUAUGGCAGUCCUCAUUUGUGGAAUUAUGAUGUCCCAUUAUUAAACAUAUAAUUUACCGAAGUUGUCUGCAAAUUCAUCGAAGUACAAAAUCAAUAGAUUAUUUAGAAUUACUGUCAAAGCUCUUGCAUAUGCAAGUGAAACCUUUAUUUAUUUUUAUAUCGGUUUUGCUGUGACAGCAACUGAAAUUAAUAAUUAGGAUUACUUGAAAGGAUUCACAGUCUACCCUUUUGUUCUACUUUAAUUCUUCGUCAUUUAACCAAUGGCAAGAUUUUUAUCCAUGUUAUUAUCACAAAUGUUGGCAAUACUAAUUUAAAAAGAUUAAAAGCAUGCCUUGAAAAUCAACUUAUAUGAAUUCUUAAUAUUAUGCUAUUCAGGAUUAAUAAAAGGAGUCAUUGCAUAUGCUUUGAUCUGUGAAGUGGACAGUGAAUUUGUUAAAAGUACCCACUAUUAUCCGUACAUCAAUUUCGCAACCUUGUAUUUAAUAUUUGGAACUACUUUAUUUAUUGGAGGAUCUUUGAAAUAUGUAACAGAGUGGGCAUAUAGUCGAAUGGACUAACAACAUCUAACGGAAUCAUCAGACAACUCUGGAAUCAAAAGCAAUUUAAAACAAACCUUCAUUCGAGAAGAUAUUAAAGCCUAUGAGAGUGCUACUUAAAAUAAGUAAAAAUGGUUUAAGAACAUCGAUGAGAAUUACAUUAAACCAUUCUUAAUUUAUAAUUAUCUAGAAAGGAAAUAGGAUAUAUUAACUGCUAAGAAAUUAAAGAAGAAUAAGCAUGCCAUGGAGAAAUAACUAGAAGAAGAAAUGCAAAUGUAUGAGGAGAGUGUUAGAGAAAGAAGAGAAAAACAAGAAAUGAAGAAAAUGGCUAAGAAGAGUAAACUAACAAACUUGGAAUUAGAUAGUGGAGCAGAAGAAGAGGAAGAGGAAGAAAGUCCUAAGAAUAAUCAUCCUCAUGAAAAUUAGAAUAAUCAUCAUUGA